CUUUCAAUAUAUGACCCUACCUCUUGUAACUCGGAGAAUGCAGCUCCGUUUACCUCCAGCCUGCCGGCUCACUCCUGUGCUGCGCUCUCGUGAGGAUGGAGGGGUAUCCUGCUGGUCUGCUGUGAAGCACUCUACCUAAGUCACAUAUCCUUUUCUUCUAGGGCCCAAAGAAGAGAGAGUCUGAAGGCAGGGAGAUUGAUUAGGAGAAAGCUCUUUUUGUAAUUCGUGGAUUAUUAAAAAAAGAAUGAAAAAUCCGGGAGAGUGCUGAGCCUGCUGUAUUAGGUAGAAUACUUAUGUCUUUGACAGCGAGAGGGAAGUCUGAGGGAUGUGGUGAUGAAAUUUAUUUCAACAGCUGUUGAAUUUCUUCAGAAGUUACUGUGGCCUCCCAAGUCCCUGUAGGCAUUGCCUGACUGUCAGCCUCAUGUCCCUUUGGAUAGGUACAGAUGGAGGUGGGUCCGUUCUCUCAAAUCAUAUUUAUUUCUUAUUCUUCUAUUGUAUGCCAGUAUUUUUCAACAAGAACUGGUGGUGAGCCAAUACAGUAGAAUUUCUACCACCUAUGUCUGAGGUACUAGCCAUUAAAUGAGAAAAAUAAUCUUCCUCUCUGGAGCCUCUGAAAGCUCGGCAUUAUUUCUGUUUUGUGAAAAAGGAUAAUUUAUGUUUCUUCAUCUGUUCUUAUUACACUUUUAGAAUAACUAAAUUUCUAAUUGCAGACAAGCAAGUUGGCAAACACAAGUAUUAUAUGGAGUAUAAGAAUGGCCCACUUCCCCUUCAGGGACAGGACAUAUAUAAGUAGGAAACUGGACAACUAACAGCAGUUUUUAGUUUUUCCAAUUUUAGCUUUAUUCAGUUACCUUUCAGUAAAUGACAUUAUUUAAUUUUUAAGUUGAUAGAGGUCAAACUGGUAUAUAAAAAGUUUAUAAAUGUUGGUUCUCUUCUAAUGGUUAAACUUUUGCAACCUAAUUCAAAUCAAGUAGCAUUACUGCUUAUGCAUUGUGUUUUUGUAUUUUAGGAACCCUGAUUGCUCUCCUUCAACACAUUCACUAUGAAGUUACUAACAAUACUUUUAUUUUCUGGACUUAUAACGGCUUGUAGAGGUAAUUCUUCCUAUAGUUUGCCGCCGAAGUUACUGCUGGUGUCCUUUGAUGGCUUCAGAGCUGACUAUCUCCAGAACUAUGAAUUUCCUCAUCUCCAGAAUUUUAUCAAAGAAGGCGUUUUAGUAGACCAUGUUAAAAAUGUUUUCAUCACAAAAACAUUUCCAAACCACUACAGUAUUGUGACAGGCUUGUAUGAAGAAAGCCAUGGCAUUGUUGCUAAUUCCAUGUAUGAUGUAAUCACCAAGAAACAUUUUUCUGACUUUAAUGACAGGGAUCCUUUCUGGUGGAAUGAGGCAGUACCUAUUUGGGUGACCAACGAGCUUCAGGAAAACAGAUCAAGUGCUGCUGCUAUGUGGCCCGGUACCGAUAUACCCAUUCACAAUACCACACCUUCCUAUUUUAUGAAUUAUAGCUCCACAGUGUCUUUUGAGGAGAGACUAAAUAAUAUUACCACGUGGCUGAGCAGUUCGAACCCACCGGUUACUUUUGCAGCACUCUAUUGGGAAGAACCAGAUGCAAGUGGACAUAAAUAUGGACCCGAAGAUAAAGAAAACAUGCGCAGAGUGUUGAAAGAAAUAGAUGACCUUAUUGGUGACUUAGUCCACAAACUCAAGAUGUUAGGAUUGUGGGAAAAUCUUAAUGUGAUCAUUACAAGUGAUCACGGGAUGGCCCAGUGUUCUAAGGACAGACUGAUAAACUUGGAUCUCUGCCUCGAUCAUUCAGACUACACUCUCAUAGAUUUGACCCCAGUUGCUGCGAUACUUCCCAAAAUAAAUACAACAGAGGUUUAUAACAAACUAAAAAACUGUAGCUCUCACAUGAAUGUUUAUCUCAAAGAAGACAUACCUGCCAGGUUUCAUUACCAACAUAAUGAUCGAAUUCAGCCUGUUAUUUUGGUUGCUGAUGAAGGCUGGACAAUUGUGCUAAAUAAUUCAUCACUAAAAUUAGGUGACCAUGGCUAUGAUAAUUCUUUGCCUAGUAUGCAUCCAUUUCUGGCUGCCCACGGUCCUGCAUUUCACAGAGGCUACAAAUACAGCACAAUUGACAGUGUGGAUAUUUAUCCAAUGAUGUGCCACAUCCUGGGAUUGCAACCACAUCCCAAUAAUGGAAGCUUUGGCCACAUUCAGUGUUUGUUAGUUGACCAGUGGUGUGUGAAACUCCCUGAAGCCAUUGGGAUUGUUAUUGGUGCACUCUUGGCCUUAACCACCCUAACGUUCCUCUUCAUUGUCAUGCAGAAUAGACUGUCCGGCCGGCGGCAGCCGUUUUCCCGACUUCAGCUACAAGAUGAUGAUGACCCUUUAAUUGAGUAACGUGCGCUGGGGUUUAUUCGAGGUGUUUUUGCUUAGUCACAAAAUCAAGGAUACACCCAAGGUGUUAUAACUUUGGAAAAGUAUAUUCUGAAAGACAAAGCAUUUACACCAAGCACGCUAAAAUUAUUUUGUUUUUCUUUGUGUUUUCUUUUGGUUCAUAGCUAUACAAAAACAAACAAAACAUCCUGACCAUAGUAAAAAUUGCUAGUAAAUCAUUAGUUAACACUAUUUAUCUAACUAGAAACAUUUUUUAAGAAACAUACUGCCUCUGCCUUUUUCUUUUUGCAAUGAAAAUUUGAUACAUCUUUAGAUGAAAAUAGAACAAAAUUAAGUAGGUAUGCUUUUCUAAUAAAUUUUUAUAUUUGUAAAUUAAACAAUGGAAUCUUUAUGUAAUUAGUAGAAUUUGUGUAUCAGGGAGGAAAAGUUUCCUAUAUUUUUAUAUUUACCUUUAGUCGAGUUUGUAUCCCAAGUAAACCCUUGGGUUAGGAAAUUCUCUCUGAUGGUUAAUAAAAACAGUUAACCAGGCAGAAAAGAUCAAGCACAUGAAGAUAUUAUUUUACAAAAAGUUAUUAUUAAAAACUAUCAGUGUACUACAAAGCCUGUCUUCACCAUUGUGUCUUUGUUAAGACCCUUAAGUUGUUGAACUGUUUUCUUUUGAAGAUUAUUGCUAAUAAGAAAUUUAAUAGGGAAAAGUGCAUUUCUGUUUGUGCUUAAUGCCUUUGUGUAAGCUAUUUGUGUGUGUGCACAAGUGUGUUAGCAUGUAUGGGCGUGCACUUCAUGUGACUUAUGGAAGAUCAAAGAUAGACUUGACCAGAGGUAGGCUUCCACAUUCCCCUAGAACACAGCCCUACGGAAGGGUUAUAUUUCCAGUUCAUACUUGUUUACCUUCUAACUCAAAAGUUAAACUAGUAAUUUUAAAAGUUCAUUAAUUUUUGUUACCAUUUUUAACUUGCUCAUAUUAUUAUAAUUAGAAGUAUCCAAGAGCUACAGAAAAAUUUAUGACCUGAUUACAAAUCUGGUUUUGAUGGGUCAGAAAUGAGAAAAACGAUUUUUAUGUUAACCUUUGGGACUUUUAUGCCUUAUUCUUUAGACAAUAUAGUAGUUAUAUUUAAAAUGGAAUUUAGUCUCUUUUGCUUCUUUACAUUAGUCUUAUGUUAAGUAGCAGAAUAAACUCUCAGCAUCGCCUAACAUUUCCUAGCUUGAGUGCUAGGUGAUACCUUCUAAUAAUCAAAAUUAAUAUGAAGAAACUGAAUUGUGGCAGAUGAGAUUAUAUCUAUUAGAGAACUUGGAUUCAAGAACCAUUCAUUGGGACUUGAGGCAAGCAAUUGAUAUUAAUGGUGUGAUCUCCAAAGUUUUGACAGUAUAAACUAGGCAACCGGUUUGCAGAUACAAAAAUAACCUUCAGUAAAUAUGCAGCCCUGAUAAAUGUUGAUUAUCUGUGAUGGUUAAGAACAAUGGUGCUAAUCAGCAAGUAUAUAAUUCACCUUGUUUGGCCACUGCUGGUUUCAUGUCCCUGGUAUUUUGUGCCUAUCAUAUCUGGGCUUCUGGAGAAGCAUUUCCACAUCCUGCAUAAAUAGUUCAUGCUGUUAUUGGUCCAAAGUUGACUAAGAACAGCAUAAUAAAUAAAUGAAGUAGAGCAAAUAGGAAUAAUUUUUCUUUUUGACAUAUUUCUUAAGUUUUUCCUCAUAAAAGUUUUCCUACAGGUUAAUAGUUGAUUUGAAUGAAAUAGAAAAUUUUCUUUUCUACUUCAUUUGCCAUUAAAUAACAAUAAAGACUAGGACAGUCACAUUUAAAGCCGUGGGUAUUUUACAAUAGUAGCAGGAUAUUUUAUACUAUUUGAGUAGAGUUUGGUCCUUGGAAUGGUGUGAGUUUUAGUGACCACAGUAGCUUGAUUGGUGGAUACGAGUUUCAGCAAACUAUACGUGGCAUCCAGCCUGCGAGUAGAUUUUAUAUAGGAUGGAAUAGAAAGGGAUGCCCUGUGUCUUAACUGUUGAACAAAAGACAGUUUACCUAUUUGUCUUGUCUUUCAUUCUCAAAAUAUUAAUUUUAAUUAAAAUCGUAAAUUUUUAUAUCUGUGUUCAUGGGAUAAGAACAGAAUUUAUUUAAUCAAAGAGAUGUUUAUAUAUUAUGUUGAAAUUUGUGUUAAUCCAUUUGUAUCUAUAAAACGUUAUCACUGUUAAAGCCAAUGAUCCUCUAAUACAGAGAAAAUCUUUUAGGAAAGCUAGCCUUUUACAUUAAAGUUUUGGUAUGUUUUGCUAAAUAAUUCACAAAUAUGCUGCUAUGUUUUUUGGGUGGUAGAAAGAAUUUGGCCGUUUGUUUAUGACAACAAUACUCAAAGGUAAUAGGAAAACUUUUUAUUAAGCAUUUUUUAUUAACUCAGUGAAUUCAGAGUAAGUAUAUUUACUUAUAACAGGGACAGCUCUGCUGCUGUCAUUAGUGUGCAGGUUCUCUGGCCAAUGCUCUGUACUAUAGGCUUCCUGUUACUGUUCCUUGGAGCUUGGUCUAAGACGUUAAAGAUACAUUUUUGGAACACUGAAGAAUUAAAAAUGCCUUUGCAUUGUUCUUGGGUUUCUCUCUCGUAGCUCAUAUACGGUGAGUUUUAAGGGUGAAUGCGUCUUUUAUUUUAUUAAUGUCUUUUGGAGGGUUUUACUUCACUGUGAAUACAUAAAGCUACAAAUGAAGGACGAAGAUGAGAGAAAAGUGUCUAUUAUCAAUUCUUAAAAUAGUGUGUAAAUAAAAUGACAUGAGUCUGCUUUAAAAAAUUUGUAUGUAGUGCCUUAAGUUAAAGUAAAAUAUUUUGAUUAUAGUUUGAAUUCAUAAUUACUUUAUGAUUUAAAAUUUUAUUUGAAUAAAAUCUACCAAAACAUUUUUACUGUAUUACUAAA